GUGAUGACCGACAGCAACAUCUACACGGCCCGCGAUGCAUGGCUUGCGAACCCGACAGCCGCCGAGGCGACGUACGGCCACAUCUCGACGUGGGAGACUGGGGGGGUGACGGACAUGUCGUAUUUGUUUUGUGCGAGUUCGAGCACUUCGGGGCUUUCUCAGGGAUGCAAGACUGCCGCGGCGUCCUUCAACGAGGACAUCGGCGCGUGGGACACCUCGGGCGUCACAACAAUGGACUACAUGUUCUACAAAGCCUCGGCCUUCGACCAGGACCUCAGCGACUGGAGGGUCGACAAGGUCACAAGCAUGACAUACACGUUCGCGUAUUCGGCCUUUGACCAGGACCUCGGCUGGUGCUUGGACGGCGUGUACCUGUGGGGCGAGUUCUUUGGCACCCCGUGCGCGUCGACGUCGUGCGGCACUGGUGCUAACAUGGCUACGCUGGUGUGUGGCGGCGAGCCGCACGACGACAGCACCAUACAAACCGCCGUAGCCACGUGGCUCGCGGACGCGACGGGCGCCGAGGCGACGUACGGCCACAUUUCGACGUGGGAGACUUCCAGGGUGACGGACAUGUCGUAUUUGUUUCGAGGUGCAUCGUCCUUCGACGAGGACAUUGGCGCGUGGGACACCUCUGGCGUCAUCACGAUGUCCUCCAUGUUCUACGAAGCCUCGUCGUUUAACCAAGACAUUAGUGGUUGGGCGGUUGACAGCGUUACGAGAAUGUACGAGAUGUUCAAGGGCGCCUACGCCUUCGACCAGGACCUCGGCUGGUGCGUGGACUACGGCGUCAGCCUGUACGAUGCGUUCGAGUACACCCCAUGCGAGUCGACGUCGUGCGGUGUCACACUUGGCUGCCCGGCGCCGACGCCCGCGCCGACUAUCACGCAUCCUCCGACAUAUACAGUUGCGCCCACAGCUUCACCUCUCGUCGCCGUCGAUGGCUAUGGCGAUAAUGGCAUCCGCACGGCGGUGGCAAGCUGGUCAGUAUCGAACCCCGCCGCCGCCAUCCGAAAGUACGGCCACAUCUCGACGUGGCAGACAGGGGGCGUGACGGACAUGUCGGAAUUGUUUUGUACGAAUUGCGGCCUUUGGAUUGCUUCGAACUUCAACGAGGACAUCAGCGCGUGGGAUACCUCCGGCGUCACGGAUAUGAAGGAGAUGUUCUACAAACAAUCAUCGUUUAACCAACCGAUCGGCAAAUGAAAAACCAGCGCUGUGAAAGACAUGGAUGAUAUGUUGAGCGACGCAUCGUCGUUUAACCAGGACCUCAGCGGCUGGGACGUUGUUGCCGUGACGCGAAUGGGCGACAUGUUCAAGGACGCAAAGGACUUCGACCAGGACCUAGGCUGGUGCCUGGACAACGACGUGGGCCUGAAAGAGGCAUUUAAAGGAACAAAGUGCGAGUCGACGUCGUGUGGUGUCGCGCAAAAGGACGUCAUUGGAAUUUGCGACCCAGUCGCUCGUCCGUGUCUCAUUCCCAGUGUUAGUGAGCAAUGCAUAAUGAACUCACCAACAAUAGCCAUCGCCCUGGUUGUCCUUCUUGCUGGCUUCGGCGCAUGCGUCUACUGGAGGAAGAAGAAGGACGAAACUUACGUCGCCGCCGCCCGCCGCCUCCUCUACAGCUGCCUCUGCUGCUGCUGUCUCUGCUGCAGGAAAAAGAAGGAACCGAGUGGCAUCAACUCC